UGAAAUGGCCUUACAAAGACUCCGAGGAAUAUAAGGCAACACCUGAAACGUUGGCAAAAGCAGGAUUUUAUUUUAAUCCUGUUCCAAAUUCAAAAGAUAAUGUUGUAUGUUUUCUGUGUCAUAAAUCGAUGGAAGGUUGGGAUCCUCAGGACGAUCCAUUCGAAGAACAUGCCAAACAUUCUCCAGAUUGUGCUUGGGCAAUUUGUUACUGCUCAUUAAGAAAUUUUAAUGAUGAACAGCUACCUUUUAAUUGGGACGAUAAAGAUAAAUUACCAACUUCUAAAAAGUUGGAAGAAGCUAGAAUUAAAACUUUUGGUACCUGGUGGCCUCAUGAAGGAAAAAAAGGUUGGGUUGGUACAAUUAAAAAGAUGGCUAAAGCGGGGUUUAUCUACUCUCCAACACUUGGUUCUCUCGAUAAUGUAAAUUGUCAAUAUUGUGGUGUAGGGUUAGAAGGAUGGGAACCAAAAGAUGAUCCUACGAAGCAGAUCAAAUCCGAAGUCACUGAGGUUGUAAAAAUUAAAGAGGAAGAAAUAGAAUUAUCAGAUAUGAUAAAUCAACUUAGAUUGAAUGAACCUACUCCUGAAAAUUCUAAAAACAACGAUGCGGAUCAAGAGUGUGCAAUGAAUUUAACAGACAAUCAAAAUAAUAUAUCGGAUCAUAUGUGCGAUAAUCAAAUAGAAACCGCAGAAGUCGUAACGAAUAAAGAAUACAAUGAGGAAAUAGCAAAUCCUUGUACUGGUACUCCACCGCCUUCUUUCCGUCCAGCGAUUACGGAUAAAAUAAAUAGUGUAACAGAUAAAACCUACAGUAAUGAUCAAAAUAUAUUGUCCGUUGAAGAAAUCGUAGAAAUCGAAGCGGAUAAAGAAUAUAAUGAAGAGAUAGUAAUUCCUUCUACUGUCACUCCACUGCCCUCUUUCCGUCCAGCGAUUACGGAUGAAAUAAAUAGUAUAACAGAUAAUAUAUGCAAUAAUGAUCAAGUACAUAUCACAGAUCAAUUCGAAAAAACGGAGAAACCAAAUAGCUUAACUAAUGAUAGUAAUCAAAUGGAAAUUACAGAACGAUUCGGAAAAGCGGAGGUGUAUGAUAACAAUCAAAUGGAAAUUACGGAACGAUCCGGAAAAACGGAGAAGCUAAAUAGCUUAACUAAUAACGCGUAUGAUAAUCAAUUGGAAAUUACAAAUAUUCGGGAGGACAUUGAAUGCAAUAAAGAGACAGAUAUUCCGUUUACAACUAUGCUUAACUCAGCUCCAAUAGAGCCGGCGAUUAACAGAAGUACUGAGGAUAUCCCAUCAGAAUCUUUGACAGUAAAUGAACAAUCAGCAAAGACAUUAAUUAUUGAGGAAGUCGAAGCAGAUAAAAAAUACAAUGAGGGUAAAAAAUACUAUGAGGAUAAAAAAUACAAUGAGGAUAAAGAAUACAGUGAGGAUAAAGAAUAUAAUGAGGACAAAAAAUAUAAUGAGAAUAAAGAAUACAAUGAGGAGAUAGCAAUUCCUUAUACUAGUACUCCACCAUUCUCUUUCCAUCCAGCGAUUACGGGUGAAAUAAAUAAUAUAACAGAUAAUACAUAUAGUAAUGGUCAAAUGUAUAUCACAGAGCGAUUCGAAAAAAUGGAGUUAAAUAGCUUAACUGACAACGUGUAUGAUAAUAAUCGAAUGGAAAUUACAAACAUUCGAGAAGAUAUGGAAUGCAAUAAAGAGACUAAUAUUCCAUUUACAAGUACGCCUAACUCGUUAGCUCCAAUAGAGCUGAUGAAUAACGAAAAUAUUGAUGAUACCACAUCUGAAUAUCUGACAGCAAAUGAACAAACAGCAAAGAUAUUAACUGUCGAAGCGAAUAAAGAAUACAAUAGGGAGAUAGCAAUUCCUUAUACUGGUACUCCACCGCUCUCUUCUCGUCCAACAAUUACGGAUAAAACAAAUCAUAUAACGGAUAAUAUACACAGCAAUGAUCAUAUUGGUACUCCACCCUUUUUCCGUCCAACGAUUAUGGAUAAAACAAAUCAUAUAACAGAUAACAUAUACAGUAAUGAUCAUAUUAGUACUCCACCCUUUUUCCGUCCAACGAUUAUGGAUAAAACAAAUAGUAUAACAGAUAACAUAUACUGUAAUGAUCAUAUUGGUACUCCACCGCUCUCUUUCCGGCCAACGAUUACGGAUAAGACAAAUAGUAUAACAACAGAUAACACAUAUAGUAAUGAUCAAAUUUAUAUCACAGAACGAUUCGAAAAAACAUUGUCUGUUGAUGAUUGUCUUAGAAACUUAACGGAGGAGCUAAAUAGCCUAACUAAUAACGCGUAUGACAACAAUCAAAUGGAAAUUACAAGCAUUCGAGAGGAUAAGGAACGCAAUAAAGAGAUAGUUAACCCAUUUAUAAGUACGCAUAAUUCGUUAUCUCCAAUAGAGCCAAUGAAUAACGAAACUACUGAGGAUAUCACUUUGACAGUAAGUGAACAAUUAACGAAAACAUUAACUGUUGAGGAUUACUUGAAAGAUUUAACGGAACAACAAGAGAGGAUACUAGCAGAGAAGACUACUCAACUAAUGGACGCUAUUUUAGAAAUUAAAAGAAGAGCAAAGAAUGCAAUCAUGGCUAUACCUGUUAAAUAA